CAUGCAGGCUGAUAGCAUGGAGGCUACUGAAAAAGGCUGGAAAUUCCAACAAAGGAAAGGUGGCUACAGAGCUGCCAUGUUCAUAUUAGUCAUGACAGGGCUCGACUACAUUGGGUUUGUAGCAAACAUGGUGAGCUUGGUGCUAUACUUCCUUGGAGUAAUGCACUUCGAUUUAGCUGAUGCAUCAACUACUGUCACAAACUUCAUCGGAACGGCUUUCUUGCUUACAAUCCUCGGGGGUUUCAUUUCAGACACAUACAUGACUGUUAGGAUAUGUGAAGCCUAACUAUCAAGCAUGCCCUAUACUUCAGAAGAGAGGAGGAACA